UGCAUGCCGAGCUGUGCGAGUUCCAAAUUUUCAGACAGUUUUAAUGUGUAAAUAUUUUUAUUUUCGUUAUAACUUACAAAACUUUCUAGUUCUACUUUUAUAGCAAGGACUAUGUGUUUAUGUGUUUUUCAAUGUAUUUAAAUGCAUUAAAUUGUCUCGAUUGUGUUGUUUUGGAAGUUUAUUGAAUAUAAACAUCACCUUCAGCCUGAGCUUAAAAGAUAAGACCGAUGACAUCAGCAGCAACCCAUCUACACCAUAAUCCACGGAUGCCGUGAGCUCUAUAUGGGAGCGCACGCCGUCGCCGUGAUGAGCACAACCCGCCAAGAUGCGUCGGCGGCCAUUUUAAAUAGGCGUUGGGGUCUUCUGUCGGCAAGAGAUGGCCGUCAGCGGCGACAGUGCACACAGCCUCCCAGCAAACACGCGCGUUUCCACACCUCAGCGCUGCUAUGAAAUGUGGAAACAUUGCAAGUGGCGACAGAAAUAUCCACCAAGGACAAACGCGGCCAUUAGAGUACCCAGAUAGAUAUAGUGCAUACAAUUAGAGGCCUAAGUGUUAUCGUGUUGUGUAAAUAUAGUUGUGUGUAGAUAAUUUAUAAUGGCCGACGGUCGUGAGUUGAGGACACCACUGCUGGAGUGCGGUGACUAUGUACACGGACACAAGGCGCUCGCGCCGCGGUGCUGCUUCUGGCUCGCGAGCCACGUCAACGUCAGGAAGUGUGUUGCUGGAGUGAUGCUGCUCUCCGUCCUCACCAUAUUCUUUUAUACGUAUUACGUCACAGCGCCGUUGACAAGCCUUGUGUGGCGCGACCGUGUCCCUCGGCCGCUGUCUCAGUGCUCGCUGGUUGCGUCGCAUCAGCAGACAGCGCGCGACCACCGCUCCGACGCGCGACUACGAAUCGACGCCAAGGUCCUCGUCAUCGUUGAAUCUCUCUAUUCAAAACUGGGACGUGAGAUCGCAGAGCUACUGGUCGCCAAUCGAAUACGUUACAAAGUGGAAGUCGCCGGCAAGAGUCUGCCAGUACUGACCACGUUAGACAAGGGGCGCUACGGUGUGAUUGUGUUCGAAUCACUCUCGAAGUACGCGAACAUGGACAAGUGGAAUCGCGAGCUCCUGGACAAGUACUGUCGGGAAUAUUCGGUGGGAGUUGUGGGCUUCGCGACACCAGGCGAAGAGACGUUGGUUGGUGCGCAACUCAAAGGAUUCCCGCUGUUUCUGCAUACCAAUUUAAGAUUAAAGGACGCAACACUUAAUCCGGCCUCGCCUGUUCUACGAUUGUCACGUGCCGGAGAGACGGCGUGGGGCUCCUUGCCAGGAGACCACUGGACUGUCUUCAGAGCGAACAGCUCCACAUUCGAACCUAUCGCAUGGGCUCUGAAACAAAAUGAAUACGGAAAUAAUGAGGAACACGCACCACUGGCCACUGUUAUACAAGACCACGGUCGUUUGGACGGCGUCCAAAGGAUCCUAUUUGGUUCGGGACUACAGUUCUGGCUACAUCGGCUUCUGUUCCUCGACGCGUUGAGCUACCUUAGCCACGGCCAGCUCAGCUUGAGCCUCGAGCGGUGGAUACUCGUCGAUAUCGAUGAUAUAUUUGUCGGUGAACGAGGUACUCGGCUACACGAGGAGGAUGUGUCUGCAUUGUUAGCGUCUCAGGCCGCUCUGGCACGACUCGUGCCUGGAUUUAGAUUUAAUCUGGGCUUCAGUGCAAAGUACUAUCAUCACGGGACGUCGCUGGAGAAUCGCGGAGACGACGCUUUGUUGAAGAAUAGUGCACACUUUAGCUGGUUUUGUCACAUGUGGAACCAUCAACAACCACACCUGUACAGCAACGUAUCGCAGCUAGAGGCGGAGAUGAUGGUGAACAAACACUUCGCGAUGGAGCACGGCAUUCCCACCAACUCAUGCUACUCCGUGUCGCCUCACCACUCGGGGGUGUACCCGGUCCACGAGCCGCUCUACGAGGCCUGGAAGAAAGUGUGGGACGUACGGGUCACGAGCACUGAAGAGUAUCCACAUCUUAGACCUGCCAGAUUGCGUCGUGGAUUCAAACAUCGUGGUGUGAUGGUUUUGCCCCGACAGACCUGUGGGCUGUUUACUCAUACGCUACUGCUGGAGAGGUACCCGGGCGGUCGGCAGCGCCUGGACAAGUCGAUCCAGGGCGGAGAAUUAUUCCAAACGGUCAUCAACAAUCCCAUUAACGUGUUCAUGACUCACAUGUCGAAUUACGGGAACGACAGGCUUGCACUGUACACAUUCGAGUCGGUUGUUAAGUUCCUGCGGUGUUGGACCAACGUGCGGCUGGCGUCGGCGCCACCUCUCGCCCUGGCUGAGAAGUACUUCCAACUGAGGCCGGAUGAACUGAGUCCAUUGUGGGGCAAUCCAUGCGACGAUAUACGACACAGACGUAUCUGGUCGAAGUCUAAAUGGUGCGACACAUUGCCGAAGGUGCUUGUGAUAGGCCCCCAGAAGACUGGCAGCACUGCACUAUAUACAUUCUUGUCCAUGCAUCCGAUGCUUGUUCACAACCAACCCAGCCCCUCCACUUACGAAGAGCUGCAGUUCUUCAACAAUAAUAACUAUCUGAAGGGACUGGAUUGGUACUUGAAUUUCUUCCCGCCGAACCAAAGCAACGCAUCCCAGAUAACAUUCGAGAAGUCAGCUACGUACUUUGAUGGAGAACAAGUGCCACGUCGAGCUCACGCGCUACUCCCGAACGCCAAAAUUAUAACUAUACUCAUCUCGCCAUCUAAAAGGGCAUACUCGUGGUACCAGCACAUUCGCUCGCACGGUGACCCCAUCGCGAACAACUUCACGUUCCAUACCGUCAUCACCGCCAACGACUCCGCGCCGAAACAAUUGAGGGACAUCAGGAACCGUUGCCUCAACCCGGGCAAGUACAGCCAUUACCUGGAGCGCUGGCUGUCCGAGUUCAACUCUCACCAGCUCCACAUCAUUGAUGGUUCGUUGCUGCGGUCGGAUCCCGCCGCCGUCAUGAACUCGCUACAGAAAUUCCUCAAAAUAUCGCACAUCGACUACAAUAAGCUUUUGAAAUACGACGCUAAAAAGGGCUUCUACUGUCAAGCGGUGAGCAACGAGAAAACAAAAUGCUUAGGAAAAUCAAAGGGGCGUGUUUAUCCGCCCAUGGAAGAGAGGUCUGCCAAGUUUCUGAAGCGCUAUUACACGCCCCAUAACACGGCGUUGUCUAAACUACUCGUCAGACUGGGCCGUCCCGUGCCGCAGUGGCUCAAAGACGAACUGUCAAAUGGAUAGCAUCACGUGAAACCUAGAGGGUUUGAACGAAACACGGAUCAUGGACGUGUCCAAGUGUGUGUUAUUGCCUUGCCGUAAGAUAAGGUGUGAGGCCUGAGUUUUAAACUCGGUUUAACAAUAUUAUACGUAACUUGUGUGUCAUUGUGGAGUCUGCUUUGUUGAAUCUGAAUAUAUAGUCUAAUGCUGAACAAUAAACGGAACACAUCUUUUAUAUGUGAUUAUUCUAUGAGUACAUAAGUUUGUUGUGUUUGAAAUCAGAAAUUUGAAUAAGUACAUAUUCGUAAAGUUGAGUAUUUGAAUGGCGUUUUUGAUACCUAUUAGUGUUGUUGGCUUCUAAAUUUUGUUUGAAUAUUUUUGUAAGUAAUGAGAAGUCAGUCUCAAAAAUCGGAGACUACUUAUUGUUUUUUAAUGAAUUGCUUGCCGCUGUAUACUUCCUGUCUUAUUCAUACUGACUUAGAGGAGAUUUAAAACAUCGCUAAUAUACGCUUGUUAAAAAAUGGUAUUCAUAAUCGCAUAUUAGAGCUAAAACCCUCAUUGUCUCUUCGAUAAAGCUGACGUGACUU